CUAUGGUUACACUUCCGACAACAGAAUCGUAAAUAGUAGUGGUACAUUUAGCCAGCAAGCAAGCUAGCUAGCUCAAUUAUCUUGUUUUCACAAGAUAAAUUAUACAUUUUACACUGCUAACUAGUAAUGCAAAUAUAAUGACUGAUUUGGAUGCUUCUGUUGAACAAAAAUCGAUUGGAAAAUGUUUGCUGGAUAACUGGGUAGAGGAGCGGGCCACUGCAGUCCUUGACAACGAGAGGCCCAGACCGCACAUCCACAAAAAUGGACAUAAGGGGAUUCUCACUAUGGAUCUGUCAUCCAAAGUUCAAGGUGUCACCACAGUGAAUGCUGCUUUCACCCAUCCCAAAGGUCAUGGGGUGAGACAAAGGGGCCUCAGGGGAGAACUUUUGGAAAAAUAUCUAAUCAAGAAAAUAAGUGAGCAGACACAUGCAGAAUUCAACCCAGAGCCUCCCAAAACAGAGUUCUGCUCCACCACCAAAGAGGACUACAAAGUCGAAGGCUUUCAGCCUUCCCUCCCUUCACCUCUAAAGGAGCAUGACUACAAAAGCGAUCAGGCAAUUACUUUUUGGAGUGAGAAUCAUCAGCACAUACAGGGUGUGACAGCGGUGAGUACCAGAAAUACCCCAUUCAAGAAGAAUGCCACCUUCAGCACACCUAUCAGUGAACACAUGGAUGAUGAGCAUAUUCUGUACACACCUGAAAAUUAACCUGUUAUGAACAUUGGACAUGUCAUGCAUCUUAUGAACAGUGGUAUUAAAUUAUGUUUCCAUGAUGUUGUAUAAGACUAUUGCGCUCUUUAUUUUUUACAAAUUAUGUCUAGUCUCUGCACCGCAUAUGGUAUAACUUUUAUUGUUUAUCAAGCAUUUCCUCCACUGCAGUGGUUGCAUAGCCAAGCAAUUAUGUAGAAACAGUCCAAUAAAACAUUAGUGAGAAUACAUUCUAAAUGACCAUUUCAUUGAAUGCCUUAAUAAUGCUUAAACAUGUUCAUAUGAUUUGUGUAAGUACUGCACAUAUGAUUUAACACAACUAGACAGAUGAAAGGUAUUGGAUUGUAACUAUAUCCCAGGGUUAUUAUCUCCUUGUUGAAUUACAGUAGUUAUCUUUUUAUUCAUACCAGGGCUUUGUAUCAAGAAAAGUAUCUCUGUUUGUUCAUGCUGUUAUUUUUGCUUGUAGGUUCUUUUUUCCAAGGUUUUUUUCCUCCACUUAUGCAGUCUCAUUUUGCAACCCCUAAUUUCCAAAACUGAGCACUGCUGAACAACAGAAAACCACAUUUUCCUCUUUCUCCUGCGCUGGGCAAAAAUUGAUCUGGCUAUUGUCCUUGGACAAAUUACAAAGCCAUACAUUUUCUGAGACGAGGAAAGUGUUUUUCCACCUUUAGGAAGAAGAGAGGCACACAGAAGCCUCCACCAUACAGAUGUCAGACAUAUUGAUGUUCAUGCAGCCUCCUUACAUCAGAGAGCAUGGCUCGAUUCAAAUACGUGUUCUGUCAAUCAGAGGACAAUUCUUCAUGGUGUUACUCUCUCCUCUCCCUUUCAGCAGAGAUUAGGAGGUAGCUAUGGCAACAAGUAAUUUUAGACUACAUUUAUGCAGCUUUUUCCCCAAACAUUUAAUUGCCGCAUGGGAUUAGAGGGGGAAACAAUUGGUGUCUGAAACAGAUGCCAUUUAGCUACUUACUGCCAAGUGAAAUAU